GUCUUUCUGAUAGAUUUGAAAGGUAAAUCAAUGUAGGUUCUACAAUUUAUGUGGCACACAGUAAUUACAUCCAGAGAUAUACAGCAGUUCCAAGUGCAGUUCUAAUUAGACCAUCACCAAUGGAUUGCUUAGACUGGGAGUAGUGUUGAGAUAAUUUUUCAUUCAAUGUUUUACUCAAUCAUUAACAUUUACAAUUCACACACCCAAACACACACAACACACACACACCGUCACCCAGACAUCUACAUACUCACACACAGAGAGAAAGAGAUAAACCCGAGCAGCUGGAUAGGUCUGAUCAUGUCAUCAUGUUAUUAACAGAGAUUAGCACUGACACAAAGACAGUAAAUUGCUAUUGUCUAAGGGUCUGUGCAUUAGCAUUUAACAAACAAUGCCAGCUCUACAGGGGUUGUGAUGGUAAUUUGGAAAGCCUGUCUUGCUGGUAUUUAACUUGCAAAUAAUUUACUUUAACUAGCUGCUAUGGGAUUAGGUUUGGGACAGUCUGCUCAGGAGGUACAUUCCUUGCAGCCUUCUGUUAUGUGGGCAGAUUUAGAAGUCCUAAACAUAGAGAGUAAAGUUCCAUUCCUAAAGGUAAGGUUCAGUUUAAGGUCAGUCUAGGAAAAUUAUGUAAGGAGAUUAGAUCUCAUUGUGCGCUGCAACAGGUAUUUCAUUUCACCAUAGUACAAAACAUACAGUUUUCUACAAAUAUGUGAAAGGUAUUGCCAGCUGUUGAUAUUGAUGGGCCCAUACUAUUCCCUGACUGUUGUAAUAGCCAUAUAAUUACAGAUCAUAGUGUGCAUUUACUGAGAAGCUUGGAUAUACCAUCAUGACAUUAGCUUGUUGUGUAUAUUGUUUGACAACUCAACACAGUUGUGUGGAGUAAGUGUGGAGUAAAUUAUUCUGACGUUAUCUAAUGCAAUGGUCUUAUUUUCUCAUUCGUUGAGCAAACAAGGAUUUGUCCGACACUCGCCCAGCCACACCUUUUCAUGCAAAGUGGAGCCUGGAGUUAGAGGGGGCGUCAGGCAGGCGGAGGCGGGCGCUGUACGCGGGUGGGUGUGGAUAAAUAGGCCUCUGUGUCAGUAGGUUGGGACCAUAAAUCAAACAGGACGCAUUUGGAUUGACUGAGGAUAACUCUGGAACUCUGCCUCUCCUUUUCACCAAACUUGAAGACUAUCUUUAACGGAAUUACCACUCGCAGAUAACAGCAUGGCUAAAUUAGUGACUUGCGGUUUAUUGAUCACGCUUUUGGACAUAUCUCUACCGUUGGCUGUGGAGGCUGCCGGGGAGUAUUGUCAUGGCUGGUCGGACUCGUACAACACCUGGCACAGGGGCUUUCAGUGCCCCGAGCAAUACGAUGGCGAGGAAGCGCGCUACUGCUGCGGGACCUGUACUCUUCGAUAUUGCUGCACAUCCGUGGAGGCCCGUCUUGAUCAGAGCACCUGUGAUCCAGACGACUUCAGCAAUGGCAAAGUCAGGACGAUGACUUCAAAUGUGCCCACGUAUCUGCCAUUUGUGAUUGUGGUGAGUGCAUUCCUGUCCUUUGUGCUGGUCGGGACAGUGGUGUCUGUGUGCUGCUGCCACUGCCUGAAGCCCAAGAGUGCAGAGCGCCACAGUGGGCCCACGCAGACCAGUCUCCUGGAACCAGGAGGGGCCGCCGCAGAGAGCCUGACCCCGUCCAGAGACUCCAGCUCCAGUGCCAGCACUGCAGGCAGGUCCACUGGCAUGACCCGGCCGUCAGGGUCAGAUGUUACCAUGAACAUCUACGGCCCCAUGGGGAAUAUGUACCCUGCGCUGGGGGUGCAGCCCCCACAGCAAUUCCCCUCUCCAUCCCACCUGCCCGCACAGUUCUACCAGCCGUACCUGAACUACAGCGUGCCUCCAGAACACACCAUGAUCACCGCUCAAGCCUUCCUGGACAAUCACUCUGUAUACAGGCAGCCCCAUGGGCAGCCAUUUCAUCAGGCCCCGAUGCACACAGAGCCCAUCUGCCCUGGACUUACCAUUUGAGGGCUAAUCUGGACCCAUACGACAGCUGCCUCGUGACUAAAAAAGUAUAAAUCUGUAAUUGUGACCACAGUUAAGUUCUUAUGGUCCUCUGUGAGGUUCACCGCAAUUGUUACAUGCUCAGGUUACUAACAGUUUAGUUUAAUUAUUUUGUCCAGUAAUGUUUCACUAGUUUGCUGUUAUAACUGUGUUAUUCUGAGCAAGCAUGACCUUUUGAGCUUUACUUCUGAAUAGAAGAAACACCAUGACCAUUUCUAUGAAAUGAUUUCUCCUAAUGAUUAAAGUGUACAUUAGAAAUAUAAAAAAUAAAGCCUGUUAUUUAUGUUUGA